AUGGCGGCGUUGCGGCGGUGCCUCGCGUUGCUCCUGGCGCUGUGCGCAUGCGCGGCGGCGGCGGCGGCCGACGCCUCGAAGGGGAGGUGGGAGACGGUGAUCCGGAUGCCGGGCGAGGAGGAGCCCGCCACCGACGAGGCGGAGGACGGCGCCGUCGGGACGAGGUGGGCGGUGCUCGUCGCCGGCUCCUCCGGCUACGGGAACUACAGGCACCAGGCAGAUAUAUGUCAUGCAUACCAGAUAUUGCGUAAGGGUGGGCUAAAAGAGGAAAACAUUGUGGUGUUCAUGUAUGAUGACGUUGCCAACAGUCCACUCAACCCAAGGCCAGGGGUUAUCAUCAACCAUCCAGAGGGCGAGAAUGUUUAUGCUGGUGUUCCAAAGGAUUACACCGGAGACGAAGUGACCACUCAAAACCUAUAUGCAGUUCUCCUGGGCAAUAAAACUGCAGUCUCCGGAGGGAGUAAGAAGGUCAUAGAUAGCAAACCAAAUGACCAUAUAUUUAUCUACUACUCAGAUCAUGGGGGACCUGGAGUUCUUGGUAUGCCCAACCUGCCAUAUCUUUAUGCUGAUGACUUCAUUAAGGUCUUGCAAGAGAAACAUGCUUCUAAUACUUAUGCAAAAAUGGUUAUAUAUGUGGAAGCUUGCGAAAGUGGUAGUAUCUUUGAGGGUUUGUUGCCUGCAGACCUCAAUAUCUAUGUCACAACGGCAUCUAAUGCAGAAGAAAGUAGCUUUGGUACAUAUUGCCCAGGAAUGGAACCAUCACCUCCUUCUGAGUAUAUUACCUGCUUAGGUGACCUCUACAGUGUUGCAUGGAUGGAAGAUAGUGAGAAUCACAACCUGAAGGAGGAGACAAUCAAGAAGCAGUAUGAAGAGGUAAAGAAGCGUACCUCAGUCUUGAACAGCUAUGGCGCCGGUUCUCAUGUUAUGGAGUAUGGGGACAAGACCUUCAAGGAUGAGAAGCUUUACCUGUAUCAAGGUUUCAAUCCUGCAAACGCCAACAUGACAAACAAGCUAUUCUGGCAAACCCCAAAGGCUGCAAUCAACCAAAGAGAUGCAGAUCUUCUUUUUAUGUGGAGAAGGUAUGAGAUGUUACAUGAGAAGUCUAAAGAGAGGGUGAAUGUUCUGAGGGAGAUCAGCGAGACAGUAAGACAUAGGAAGCAUCUUGACAGCAGCAUGGAUUUUAUUGGAAAGCUUCUCUUUGGAUAUGAGAAUGGACCUUCAGUGCUUCAAGCUGUCAGGCCUUCUGGCAAGCCACUCGUGGAUGACUGGGAUUGUCUCAAGAGAAUGGUACGGAUCUUCGAGUCCCAUUGCGGUUCGCUCAGUCAGUACGGCAUGAAACACAUGCGAGCAUUUGCAAACAUUUGCAACAGUGGUAUUUCUGGCACCACAAUGAAGGAAGCAAGCAUCAGCACUUGCGGUGGUCAGAACUCCGCGAGAUGGAGCCCGUUGAUCCAAGGGUAUAGCGCCUGA